AUGCGGGCCUUCAAAGUUUUGCUGGCAUGCUUGCCGCUGAGCAUGGCGACCGAUACGGCGGCCCUGAAUGUGCAGUUGGAAGCCCUGCGCGCUGAGGUGCAGGCCCAGAAGGACCUGAUCCAGCAGCAGCAGGCAAAGAUGGACUCCUACUCACAUUCGCGACGGCUCCAGACCUAUGUCAGCCAGGCAGACUAUGAUACCAAGGUCGCAGAACUGAAAAGUGCCGACUAUGGCUUUGUUGGAGCUCUGGACUCUGCCUGGUUGUGCCUCUGCGGUGCUUUGGUGAUGUUUAUGCAUGCGGGCUUCGCAAUGCUGGAGACCGGAUCCUGCCGUGCCAAGAAUGCCUCCAACGUGCUCAUGAAGAACCUGGUGAAUGUCACCGUGGGCACCCUCGGCUGGUGGGUCUUCGGCUGGGCCGCUUGCCGGCAAGCUUCUGCCCUAAGUCCGACGAAUGGUUUGCGACACUUUCAAAGCCCCAACUCCUCCACAUUAUAA